AUGAACUCCAUCGACCCUCAGGCCCAUCACCAGCACCAGCACCAGCACCACACCUCCCCGACCGGCGGCUCCCUCCCACCCAAAGGCCCGCAGGAGGCCCCGGACAUGGCCGCUGUGUACUGCGACAACUUCAGCAGCAUGUACCACCAGCAGAGCCUGCAGGGCGCGCAGAGACCCGCCGGCUACGGCCUCGGGGAUUACGCGUCGUCCCCGAACCCGUACCUGUGGCUCAACGGGCCGGGGGUCAACUCCUCCGCGUCCUACCUGCACGGGAACAACCCGGCCUCCUUCAUCCCGCCCUCCUACGGCUCGCAGCGGCAGUUCAUCGCCAACUCACCUGGCUUCGGUGGGCCCGACCUGGGCUGGCUGUCCAUCGCCAGCCAGGAGGAGCUGCUGAAGCUGGUGCGCCCGCCCUACUCCUACUCCGCGCUCAUCGCCAUGGCCAUCCAGAACGCGCACGAGAAGAAGCUGACCCUGAGCCAGAUCUACCAGUACGUGGCCGACAACUUCCCCUUCUACAAGAAGAGCAAAGCCGGCUGGCAGAACUCCAUCCGCCACAACCUGUCCCUGAACGACUGCUUCAAGAAGGUGCCGAGGGACGAGGACGACCCAGGAAAAGGAAACUACUGGACGCUGGACCCAAACUGUGAAAAGAUGUUUGACAAUGGCAAUUUCCGCAGAAAAAGGAAAAGACGGUCGGACCCCGGCAGCGUUGGAGGAGCGGCGGCGGCGGCUGCGGUGACCGUGGGACCCACUAAGGUUGAGGAUGGCAGGCCGGCGGGGUCGGGCCCCCUGAAGCCCUCAGACAGCCCUCAGCUCCUGGGGCCUUCCUCUCCGGAGAUGGAGGCGAUGAACGAAAACCACAAGAGCUCGUCUUCGUCGUCUCCGCCGGGACCGACCUCGUCCGCUCCUUGUUUCAACAACUUUUACAGCAGCAUGUCCACCCUGAGCUCGGGGGCCCCCGGCCGGCAGGGGUCCCUGGGUCUGGUGAACGAGCUGUCAAACCGGAACAUUACGGCCCUGAGCCCGUACCACCCCAACCACGGCGGACAGGACGGGGGAGUGUCGGAGCACAGCGAGGGCUUGCAUUUCAACCGUGGAGUGUACUACAACACGUUUGGCGGGGGGCAGAGCGGACAGUUCAACGGCCACUUCUACAACAGCUUCAGCGUCAACAGCUUGAUUUACCCGAGGGAAGGGACCGAGCUAUAG